AUGGCCUGGCCUCCUCCAGCAGAGAGCACUCACGGUCGGCUUGGUGGAUGUGAGAGCUGGAGAACUGUCUCUACUUCCAGAUCGAAGAUGGCGGUCUCGGUGUUCCCCGGCGUGCGCCUCAUCUCCAUCGGAGACGCAAACGGAGACAUCCAGCGGCACUCGGAGCAACAGCCGCUGCGGCUGGAAGUCAAAACAACACAAGAAGCUGCUCUCAUCAAUCUCUCCAAUGGAGAGGAGGCCAGUGUGUUUAAAUGUUCCGUGUCCAGGGAGACAGAGUGCACACGUGUGGGGAAGCAGUCCUUCAUCAUCACACUUGGCUGUAACAGUGUCCUGCUGCAGUUUUCCUCACCCGCAGACUUCCAGUCCUUCUACAAUGUCCUGAAAAACUCCCGCGGAAAUCUGAACGAGCGCUCGGUCUUCAGCGAGCGCACAGAGGAGUCCUCGGCGGUGCAGUACUUCCAGUUUUACGGCUACCUCUCCCAGCAACAGAACAUGAUGCAGGACUAUGUUCGGACAGGGACGUACCAGCGAGCCAUCCUCCAGAACCACACAGACUUCAAGGACAAGGUGGUGCUGGACGUGGGCUGUGGCUCCGGGAUCCUGUCCUUCUUCGCCGCUCAGGCUGGAGCCAGGAAGGUGUACGCUGUAGAGGCCAGCACCAUGGCUCAGCACGCAGAGGUUCUGGUGAACAGUAACCGUUUGUCGGAGCGGGUGGUGGUGAUCCCGGGGAAAGUGGAGGAGGUCACUCUGCCGGAGCAGGUGGACAUCAUCAUCUCUGAGCCCAUGGGCUACAUGCUCUUCAACGAGCGCAUGCUGGAGAGCUACCUGCACGCCAAGAAGUUCCUCAAGCCCAACGGUAAAAUGUUCCCCACCAUAGGAGACGUGCACUUGGCCCCUUUCACAGACGAGCAGCUUUACAUGGAACAGUUCACAAAGGCCAACUUCUGGUACCAGCCGUCCUUCCAUGGAGUGGACCUCUCUGCUCUGCGAGGAGCUGCAGUGGACGAGUAUUUCCGACAGCCCAUAGUCGACACGUUCGACAUCCGCAUCCUGAUGGCCAAGUCUGUGAAGUACACGGUCAACUUCCUGGAGGCCAAAGAAGACGACCUGUACAGGAUAGAGAUCCCCUUUAAGUUCCACAUGAUGCACUCGGGGCUGGUGCACGGACUGGCGUUCUGGUUCGACGUGGCCUUCAUGGGCUCAGCAAUGACCAUCUGGCUGUCCACGGCGCCCACCGAGCCCCUGACCCACUGGUACCAGGUCCGAUGUCUGCUGCAGUCCCCGCUCUUCACCAAAGCCGGAGACACUUUAUCUGGGACCGCGGUGCUCGUGGCCAACAAGAGACAAAGCUACGACAUCAGUAUCGUGGCGCAGGUUGACCAGACGGGCUCCAAGUCCAGUAACCUGCUGGACCUCAAGAACCCCUUCUUCAGGUCAGAGCCUCUUCACACACAUAAUAUGUACACAGGCACCACCCCUAACCCUCCCCCCGGCUCACACUACACGUCGCCGUCAGAGAACAUGUGGAACACAGGAGCAGGCUACAACAUGGGCCAGGGCAUGGGCUCAGGGAUGCCCACGGCGUACGACUUGAGCACGGUGAUUGGCAGCGGCACGCCGGCCUCCCACAACAACCUCAUCCCGCUGGGUACGAACUGCAACCCCCCCGGCUUCACUCCUGCUCAGGGCUCAUGGUGUAGUGGGGAGGCAGCCGAGAGAAAGCCCUCUGCCGAAAACAUGAACACAGGCAUCGUGAACCACACUCACUCCAGGAUGGGCUCCAUCAUGAGCACAGGCAUCGUCCAGGGAGCCACCACAGGACAGUCUGGCCCCAGCAGCAGCGGCAGCUACUACCCCGUCACCAACCAGUUCACUAUGGGCGGAGCCGCCAUCUCCAUGGCCUCCCCCAUGGUCAUCCCCAGCAACACCAUGCAUUACGGCAGUUAG